GAGAGCGCCUGCGCGACCGUCGGUUGAGGGGGAGGUUGGGUCUGGGAAACUAGGCCCUGGGGUUUUCCCUGAGCAGGAGCGGUGCCCGAGGGCCUCAGGUACGCAGAAGGGCAGGGAGACAGAGGGUCAGCACCUCCUAAGGGCCCGAAGGGCAGGAGAGAGAGAGGACUUGCCCCAGAGGCGGAGUCCGUAGUGGGGGCGCCCCAGUUGACCCUUCGGGACAGAACGUGACUUCAGCCUUAAGGAUCUAAAACCGGCUGCAGCCAGGUCAGGUGGCCCUCAACGCUCAGGCAUCAGUCCAGGCCCUGAAUGGCUGGUCUCCAGCGGUUGGCAUCACAUCUGCCUGUGGGCGUUAUGCUUCCACAUAAUACAACAGAAGCUCCAGGGCCCCACUCAGCCAAGCAAGACUCUUACGAACAAAGUGACUCUUCCCAGCAGUCCUUGAAGGGGCACCUGAAGAAUAAUUUCCAGAAGCAGCUUUUGAGCAACAAAGAGUUGACUCUGGAUAAAGUCCAUACUCACCCCAAAUGGAACACCCACACAAAAGCCCGGAGCUACUCCUAUCCCCACUGUACUGGAAUCAGCCACCAAGAUGCAGGAAGUGAUUUCCAGGGCCAAGGAAAUGGUUUGUUUUACUCAUCAGGCACUCAAUCCUGGUAUCCCAAAGCCAAUAACCAGGACUUUAUCCCCUUUACGAAGAAACGAGUUGGAGUGGACCGGGCGUACCCACUGAAACCCGUGGUCCACAGGAAGUCGUGCAGUACAGGUGAGUCUGGCACUGAUGGGGACCAGAAUGUCUACCCAAGGCCCCCUGAACUGAGAGAGUUUUCAUCCAGGAACUUUGAUGUGAGGAACCAGAUCAACUUUUCUGUGGUUGAUCCUGUUCUUGCUGCCAUGCAGGCGGAGAAGGCCUUGGCAAACUUGGACAGGAUGGAGUGGGUGCAGAUCCGAAGACUAGAAGCUGCAGGGGAGAGCUUAGAGGAGGAAAUCCGAAGAAAGCAGAUUCUCCUGAGGGGAAAGCUGAAGAAGACAGAGGAGGAACUCAGAAGGAUCCAGACGCAAAAGGAACAGGCCAAGGAAAAUGAAAACAGAGAGCUACAGAAAAUUAUAUUCCCCAGGAGCAGAGUUAAAGGUAAUAACAGCAACACCACGCACAAAACUGUCUUCUCCCCAGAAUUUGAUUUUGAGGAAGAAUUUAGUAGAGACAGGAGAGAGGAUGAAACUUGGGGACGGUCUCAACAAAAUUCGAGUCCAUUCCAGCUCUCUGAUUAUAGAAUCCAGAGACUCAAAAGGGAAAGGCUGGUAGCAAGCAAUAACAAAAUUCGAGACCGAGUCUCAGAGCCGUCGAUGGAGAAGUUCUCCCCGCCUUCAGAAACACCAGGCGGUGCUUUGCAGGGAUCUGCCAGAAAUUCCAGCCUGUCCAUGGCACCAGACUCCUCAGGUUCCAGCGGCUCCACUGAAGAGCCACAACUGGGUGAGUGCAGCCACUGUGGGCGAAAAUUCCUCUUGUUCAGGCUGGAGAGACACUCCAACAUCUGCAGCAGGAUGCAGGGUUCCAAGAGGAAAGUGUUUGACUCCUCCAGGGCCCGGGCUAAGGGCACAGAACUAGAGCAGUACUUGAACUGGAAGGGGCCAGCUUCAGCCAAGGCUGAACCUCCUCAGAAGAACAACUGGAGACAGAAGCACGAAUCUUUUAUCCAUACGCUCCGCCAGGCUCGAGAGGUCCAGCAGGUAACUGCCAAAGGUGAAAACCGUUCACACUUGCCUCCCAUCCUGCCUGCAGAAAACCCGGACUACAUUCAGUGUCCUCACUGUAGCCACCACUUUGCUCCCAAGGUGGCUGAGCAACACAUUCCCAAGUGUAAGACCAUCAAGAACCGUCCUCCACCUCCAAGGAAGCAUUAUAGUUGAGCAGACAACAAUGGAAACUUUUGGAUAGGUCAGAAAGCUCUGCUUCUCUUCAGCAGUAAAUGGGAGUAGAAUUUGAUGCAAAGCAGAGAGAAAUCAAACAGCUCCCAGAUCUGCCUGCAGAGUUAAAGUCUGUGAGGAGAGAGCCACUGCUAAGCAGCAGGAGGCAGAAGGAAGCCCCAGCUUCCCACUAAAUUACAACCUUGGGCUGGUAAGCUUUAUGUUAUUGCCCUCAGAAUUGACGGGUGAAGACACUGAAGAGUCAUGAGCAGGCUCCAUUAAAGCUCUCUUCUUGCAUGCCUGA